AUGCUGCUCAUCCGUGCAAUCGUCCUACUUGGACUGGUGCCGUCCGCCUUGGCCUACCCUGGCCGACAACAACCUCUGACUCCCGCCACCUCGAGACCUGCUUCACCCCGUCCUCUGGUCGUCUGGCACGGGUUAGGGGAUACCGCCGCCAGCGAGGGAAUGGCAAGCAUCAAAAAGGAUAUCGAAGGAAUGUACCCAGGGAUCUUUGUUAUGAACGUCAAAGUGCCUGGUGAAGGGAGUCUCGAUGACGAGCGCAAGGCGGGUUUCUGGGGUAAUGCUACAGACCAAGUUGAUAUCGUAGCGGAAAAGAUCCUUGCGACACCGGAACUGGCUCAAGGAUUCGAUGCUAUUGGGUUCAGCCAGGGCGGCCUGUUCAUCCGGGACUACGUCCAAAGGUACAACUCUCCCCCGGUUCAUAACCUCAUCACCUUCGGUUCACCUCACAUGGGAAUCGCCGCAUUGAUCCCGUGUAAAUCGAAUCUAGACGUUACCUGUCGACUCGCACAAGCGGCUGCCAAACGGGGGGUUUACGGAAAGUGGGCUCAAGAUAACAUCAUCCAGGCGGCUUAUUUCCGUGAUCAAGAUCGGUUGGAGGAAUUCCUUGCUGCGAACGUUUACUUGACUCGCCUUAACGGAGAAACAGAGGACCAACCGGUCGCUAGAAAGAACUUGGCUCGACUGGACAACUAUGUCAUGGUCAUGUUCGAUAAAGACGAAACUGUCUACCCGAAAGAAUCGGCCAUCUUUGGUUCGCUCGCUCCGGAGACACACGAGCUGAUCCGGAUGGAAGAGCAUGACUUCCUUUACAAGGACGAUCAUAUCGGUCUAAAGACGCUAGGAGAUCUCGGUCGAAUCUUGGUCGUGCAAUGUGCUGGGUCUCAUAUGGAUCUUGAGUGGGACGACGAAGACGGGUGUGCAAAACAGCUAGUCAAGCGAUUCGUAGGCCGGCAAUCGUGA